AUGGUGAAAAAAAAUAAUAGCAAUGUAGAGGAGCCUUCUUGGACUUUCAGAGAUCUUAUUCGGCACUCGCCUAAUAAUAGAGCGCAGUCAUCCCUGCAUACAUCAGCUGAUGAUAAAGUUCAGAGUAGUAAGACAGUAAUCAACAAGCCGGACCACUCCGAUUCAGCGAGGGAAAAAAGUUAA